AUGAGAAAGACGAGAGAGCCAAGGUACCAUGAAUAUACGCGUCUAACAGCUCCCAGAGAUCAUAUUUUUGAGGUUGGAGACAAGGCGAGACUCUUCCGGAAGCCCUUUCGAAGUGGACCCCCUGGAAAGAAAGACCAGGGGAAAUAUUGUGCUUUCCACGACUUAAAUGGGCAUGACACGGCAGAAUGUGUACAUCUUAAAGACCAUAUAGAAGACCUUAUCAGAACUGGGUACCUGACGGAAUUUGUAGCCCAAGAGGCUAAAAAGUAUAAGGAAAAGAAGGCCGAAAGGGCAAGUGACCAGCAAGCCAACCGUAACGCCCGGGCUGGCAGUGUACGAAUGAUCAUCGGAGGACCCUUCGUGGGAGGCCAGGGACGUAGUGCUAUGAAGAGAUAUGUACGGGAAGCCCGAGGGCCACCGAUAACCAAUGUGUGCCAUCUGUUCGAAAGGCCUCCCAAAAUGUUUAAAGGGGAGACCAUGGAAAUUACCUUUACUGAGGGGAAUGCACGCGCGGUACACCAUCGUCAUAGCGAUGCCCUGGUGGUAACAGCCGUGAUUGGAAAUGUCAAUGUGCACAAGCUUCUCGUCGACAACGGAAGCUCUGUCAAUAUCCUGGCCUACAGUGCAUACCAAAAAAUGAAAAUGGCAGACAAAACAUGA